AUGGCUUCAGAGGGGUUGAUAUCUGAAAAAACAGAUGACUCUCUCUUCUUUGUGGACACUGGUGAAGCAGAUGAAAAAGAUACUCAAGCACAGACGACAGUCAAGAAAGGUAAACACUCUAAACCUCUGCGGAUAGAUCUCAUCCUUCAGCCAGAUUCACACAUACCGGCCCCAAAAAAUGUCUUGGCAUUCCAGCAGCCCAAUGCUAAAAAGCAGCGGCGCAUAUCAGAGAAUGCAGCAAAGUUGGCGGCCAUGGGAGUGUUGCCACGAAGAGAAAAGCUUCUUCAACUCCGAAGGGCUGCAGCCGCCUCUGGGGUGUCAGUUAAAGAACAUCCAGUGGCCAAUAAUAAUCCAGAUAGAGCAUUUUAUGACCUGUGGAGUGCAGGCACACCAGAGACGGCUGAUCCCUACUAUCUUGAACAGACUAAGAAAAAGCUUGUCAAGGUGAGAACA